AACAUGUGGAACGCCGUUUACCGGAGAAUAUUUGGAUGGUAGUUUGAAUCAGCCGAAUUGUCUGGUAAAGAUCUUACCUUUCCCGAAGGAGGCGGACGGAAAUGGAUGCUCGCGUAGUUGCCUUUUUUAGUUCUCUUUUCCAAACCACGACCAUCCCCAAGGGGAACCGGACUGCGCCCAGUUUCUCUUCAUGUCGCGACGUUGUCUGUACCCCUGGAUGACUGUAUCUCAUUGUAUCUCGAUUUCAAAGUAUCCAAUGAAUCGCAUGACAGUAAUCCUGCAUGGCCGGAGGAUGGCCCAGAUAUACCGUACAAGAAAUGAAGAAGGAAUCUCUGCUCUCGCCAGGUUCUCACUGGGCCUAUCACCAUAAUGUCGCCUUCUCUUUUGGUUCCUGUGUUUGCCGGACACGGUACCACCGCGAUCAACUCGACGUCACUUCGCGAACGCGCCGCUGCCGACGCUUUGUCGCCGUCAGGCGCCCUGCUCCUCGACGCUUGUCACUAUGCCUUCAACGUCGAGCUGUCGACACUUUCCCCCUCGGAAGCCUCAGCUGUGGGCAUCAAUCCCGAGCAUUUCACGGACCCGAAAUCCCUCAUGUUACUCCCCCGUCAUGAACACUAUCUCACCAAUUCUGUCGUUACUGCCGCCACCUUGUUCCUGGUACAGACAUUGCGGUAUCUUGCUUCUGUCAAAACUUCAUCGUCGACAUCGUUCGCUUCGUCGUUGCAGAAGAACAGGGAGCAUGGUCUUGGAAUAGUUGGUUUUUCGUCGGGUAUCCUGCCAGCGUGCGUUGUUAGCACGUCAGAAACCGCUUUUGAAUUUAUCUCAAGUGCUGUUGAGACAUUCCGUCUUGCCUUUUGGAUUGGAGUUCGUCUCCAGAUUCACAAAGCGUCCGUUCAGACGCCUGAGCCUCUUGUUGGGUCGCCUCUGCCAUGGAGCCUCGCGUUCAUGGGUAUGGGUCGAGCCGCAGCCGAAAGUGCCAUUCAGAGUUUUCUACAGUCGUUUAAAGCUACACAAGAGCUUCUCGUCACAUCAGUUAUGAGCGAGACAUCAGUCACCAUCUCAGGUCGUCCCGAUAUUCUUGCCACUUUUGCAGCUCGACUCCCUCCUUCUGGGCCAGUGCACAAGACAACAGUAGACGCGCUGUAUCAUUCUUCCUUGCACCACGAUGGAGUGCGGAGCCAAGUUCUUGCCGAUGUAAUACGCCGCAAUAUUCGUUUUCCAACCCAUGCAGACAUUAAGGUUCCAGUUCGUUCGACGUAUUCCGCCGAACUCCUUGGCAAGGGUUCCGAGGGAUCUGUAUCGUUUGUUGAGCAGGUAGUAGACAUGAUCCUCACGCAACCCGUCAACUGGGACAAGAUCACCGAGUCUCUUGUCCAUGCAGUCCCUGAAGGAGCGGUCGUCCAUCUCCUUAAUUACGGGCCUGGCGCUGGUCUAACGAAGGGCAUAGAGCGCUACUUCUCGUCAGAUAAUGUCUCCUCGAUUGAUCUAUCGAGCGAGCCUGUCCAUACUGCAAUACUUCAGAGCCCGUCAUCGGCACAGGAACCCAUCGCCAUCUGCGGAAUGUCAGUUAAUAUGCCAGGUGCUCCCAGCGUCGCAAAACUUUGGGAAGUUCUGGAGCAAGGCAUCAACACUAUAUCUGAGGUUCCCGAGCAUCGGUUUAAAGUGUCAGACUAUAAUGAUCCGAAGAAGAAAGGUCGUACCAUGGGUGCUCACACAGGGAAUUUCAUUGACGAGCCGGACGCAUUCGACAACAAGUUUUUCAACAUCUCACCACGCGAAGCACGCAGCAUGGACCCGCAGCAGCGCAUUCUCCUCCACACCGCUUACGAGGCCCUAGAGAACGCAGGAUAUGUACCAAACUCGACAACGACCAAUAACCCGGAGACAUUUGGUUGUUACGUCGGCGUCGCCACGAAUGACUAUGUGCAGAAUUUGAGAAAUGAUAUCGAUGUUUAUUAUAGCACUGGAACCUUACGAGCCUUCUUAAGCGGACGCAUUUCCUACGCGCUGCAGUUCAGUGGUCCUUCGAUCGUCAUUGACACAGCGUGCUCUUCAUCGCUGGUCGCCGUAUAUCAAGCGUGUCGUGCUCUCAUGAACCACGAUUGUAAUGCUGCUGUUGCCGGUGGCGUCAAUGUCAUCAGCAGCCCGGACAUGUUCCUCGGCUUGGAUCGAGGCCACUUUCUAAGCCCAACUGGACAGUGCAAGGCCUUCGAUGCCUCUGCUGACGGUUACUCUCGCUCAGAGGGCUGUGGAAUAUUUGUCUUAAAACGCCUCUCGGACGCGAUUGCCGAAAAUGAUCAAAUUCUCGGUGUGAUCCGAGGAGUUGAAGUCAACCAAUCUGGAAAAGCAUACUCAAUCACUCGCCCUCAUGCUCCUACACAAGAAUCCCUCUUCUCUCAGGCUCUCGAACGGUCAGGUCUAGAUGCUUCUCGUAUCAGUGUCGUGGAGGCCCAUGGUACCGGAACGCAAGCUGGUGAUCCCACUGAACUGGAGAGUAUUCGCGCUAUAUUCGCAAAGCACCGAAAAGCGAACAACCCUCUCCAUAUCACCUCCGUGAAGGCUAAUAUCGGUCAUUUGGAGGCUGCAUCUGGUGCAGCGGCUCUGGCCAAGCUACUCCUUAUGCUGCGUCACCGUUCCAUCCCUGGCCUUGUCUCGUUGAAGAACCUUAAUCCGCGCAUCAAGCCUCUUGCAUCAGACAAUGUUAUCAUUGAUACGACACAAGUACCCUGGACCAUCCCAGACGAAAGUCUGCCCCGAGUUGCCCUUCUGAACAAUUUCGGUGCGGCGGGAUCGAACGGUGCUCUUCUUCUUGAGGAAUAUAUUCCGGAGUCGUCCGGGAACGAUACAGAGGCCGCCUCGACUUUUAUUGUCGGUUUAUCUGCCAAGAAUGAGCAGGCACUCGUCGAUUUACGCGCCAGCUAUAUUGAAUACCUUCGUCGUCCCGCGAGUGAAGGCGUUAGUCUUGCUGAUAUCGCGUAUACCGCCACGGCUCGUCGGCGUAUUUACUCUCAACGACUUGCGGUUGCUGCGAGAUCUAAGGAAGAAUUGGCUCACAAGCUUGAGUUAGCUCCGGUGAAGACCAUGCCAGACCAGGCCUCUGGAAAGGUCGUGUUUGUAUUUUCUGGACAAGGAGGCCAGUACCUCGGCAUGGGAAAUACUCUCUACAAGACAUCGGCACUCUUUAAGAGCGUCAUCGACGAGUGUGACUCCUUCUUGAAAAAGAAUAACUUUCCGGGGGUUUUGUCUAUCAUCACUUCGGAUGGGGAGUCUAGCGGGUUGACGCCCGUGGAAGAGUUCGAGGCGAAUCAGGCGGCAAUAUUCGCGCUCGAAUAUGGACUUGCGAAGCUUUGGACGUCGUGGGGCAUCACUCCUACGGCUGUGGUCGGUCACAGUCUUGGGGAAUAUGCAGCUCACGUUGUCGCUGGAGUGCUUAGUCUCGAAAGCGCACUCACCCUCGUUGCCCAUCGAGUUCGUAUCAUGAUGCACACAUGUGAACUGGACACUACGGGGAUGAUUGCGAUCAACCUUGGCUCUCAAGCUGUCACCGACAUCCUUUCCUCGUCCCCCAAUUUCUCCGGCAUAUCAAUCGCGUGUUAUAACAGUGCAACUGACUGCGUUGCCUCGGGGCCAAUUGUUCAACUUGAUGCCCUCAAGUCCCAUCUCGACACGGUGGUUCACUGCAAGAGCGUGCGUCUCAAAGUUCCGUUCGGAUACCAUAGUUCUGCCAUGCAACCACUUCUUGAAGAGUUUGGAGCCCUUGCGAGACGCAUAACAAUCCAUCCUCCGAAGCUUUCUGUUGUUUCAAACCCACUCGGCCGAGUGAUCCAUGCAGGGGACAAAUCGGCCUUCAACGCCGAUUACUAUCUCAGCCACUGUGCUGACCCCGUCCAGUUUGAAAGUGGUAUCAGCGCACUAGUCGACGAUCCUUCAUUUACGGAUAUUGCGGCUUGGGUAGAGCUAGGUCCACAUCCCACAACUCUGCCUAUGCUCAGCGCGCACUCAGGUGUGUCGAAGGAGGCAUUGUUAGUCAGUUCAUUAAGAAAACGACAAGAUGAUGACCUGACGCUUUCGUCGUCUCUUGCUCAGCUCUACACUUCCAAUGUCAUUGUUCAGUGGAGAAAUGUUUUUGCUGGUGUAUCUGCCGCUUGCGUUUCGCUUCCUUCCUAUCCAUGGCAAAAGAGCAAGUUCUGGGUGGCGUGGAAGGAAGACUCACCAGCAGUAGCCCCCCCCGCCGAAGGCUCUCCCGUCUCCACCAAGCCCUUUAAUCCUGUCAAGGACUUUGGCAUGCUUCAGUCGUGGGCACAAUUCCCAUCUACCGCGAACAACCAGAUCGCUAUAUUCGAAACUCCGAUAUCCCUCCUCAAAAACUCGAUUAUCGGCCACAUUGUAGGAGACGUUCCCUUAUGCCCAGCUUCUGUCUAUCACGAGUUGGCUCUGGCUGGCAUAGAAGCUACGAAAGGCCAUCUAUCACUGCCCCUCCAGGGUAGUCAUAAUGUUCUGUUCAACAUCGACUAUGUGAAGCCUCUUGUCUACAGCAAAGAUGUAGCUCGCGUGGUCAAGACAUCUAUCAUGACGAACAACGAUGGCUCUGGCACCUUCACCGUUGAAUCAUAUGCCGAUUCGGAACCGGAGUCUCUGCAUUGCUCAGGACAGUUCCGCCCUUCACUAAUAACAGAUACGACAACGAAGUUUAACCGUAUGGCGCCCGUCGUCAGUCGAAGAACUGCAGCUAUAAUCUCGGGUGAAGAUGACGAGGCCGAGGUAUUUACGACCCGGACGGCGUAUGAAAUCAUCUUCACGAGGGUAGUCAAAUAUGCGAAAGAGUACCAUACAAUGAAGCACGUUACGAUCAGCAAGAACGGUAUGGAAGGAUACGCUGUUGUUAAGCUUCCCAAGGACCACGACAAGAGCAAGUUUGUUGUUCAUCCUGUGUUCAUGGAUACGAUGCUCCACGUUGCUGGAUUCCUUGCAAAUAUGCAAGGUGGUGAUAACGAUGCAUAUAUCUGCUCAAGAGUCAAGUCUGUGAAGGCAGUUCCAAGUUUGAUCAACAAUGACACCACGUACGGUGUGUUUGUCGUCAACGCUUGGGUGGAAUCCGAGGGUAUCAUGCUGUCGGAUGCCAUUGCGGUAGACCUUUCGGGGCACGGCCAAAUUGUAGCACAGCUGAAGGGCAUGUGCUUCAAAAAACUUCGCCUGAACACCCUUCAACGUAGUUUGGCUAUGCACGCCGGUCAUACUGCAGCAACGUCGACCCAAAAACCCUCGGUGGCACCAGCUGCCCAGAAGCCAAAGAUUACAGAGAUAGCACCAGCUCUUGGACCCCGAUCCUCUCCUGCCAAAGGCUCCGUCGACAUCCGGGGCAUCGUACUUCGCAUCGUUGGCGAUACUUGCGGCAUCGAGGUUUCGGCCCUUGACGUAAAUGCCGACCUCGAGACAUACGGCGUUGAUUCACUCAUGUCCAUCGAGAUUUUGCGCAAGUUUGAAGAAUCUUUCCCUCAAAUGCAAUUCGACGCCUCUAUUUUCAGUACUUGCAACAACAUAACAGAACUCGUGCGCGAGAUCUCUUCCACGGUUGGAUCGCAAGCAACCACUGUGGUUCCUACCCCACAAAUGGCAUCCACUCCAGAACCCACUUUGCAAGGUGAUGCAUCCCCGUCCGCCGACAUUCGUUCCAUCUUGCUGGAACUCAUAUCUUCCUUCACUGGCUUUGAGGUAUCGAGCCUUGAUCUGAAUGCAGAUGUGGAUACUGCCUACGGCUUGGAUAAGUUCCUAUUCAUCCCGCUCUUCAGCAAACUCCAGACGUUCUUCCCGAAUAUUACCCUCGAUCCCGCCAAACCCUCUGUCUGCAGCACUAUUGGUGAACUCUUGGAUGAGGUCACAGCACAGGUCCAAGCAGGGCCAUCAUCAAUACCUGAUUUGGUUGAUACAAAGCCCAUGUUCGUGUCAGUUCUUGGGUUGGACGAGUCGGAUAUCCAAGACGACACCGAGUUUGAGACCAUCGGCCUUGAUUCCCUCACCGCUAUCGAGGCCCUUCACGCUAUUCAAACCAAGUAUGGUCUCGAACUACCAUCCAACCUCUUCGAGAUGCAUACUACGACGAAGGCGGUUAACGAGUAUAUCUCUUCCAAACGCCCGGGAAAAUCACCCAAGCCAAUCGAAGAGACAGCGAUGGACCCUGACAAGGAAGAGGAUCUCUCUGAUCUUACUCUCGAGCAGAUCCAGUCGGUCAUCCGGGUUUUGCGACUCGACGAAGUACCUAUGUCUGUACAAAAGUCUUCCAGUAGUGGCUCCCCGCUUUUCCUUUUCCACGAUGGCAGCGGAGCAGUAAAUUACCUUCGUCGCUUGGGCCUUAUCGACCGCGAAUUCUGGGGAUUUAACAAUCCGAAUUAUGCGACAGGUAAACCAUGGGGGUCCGUAGAAGCCAUGGCGUCUGCUUACGCCGACUAUGCCGUGAAAGUCGCUGGUUCUAGGCCCGUGAUAUUCGGUGGUUGGUCAUUUGGUGGUGUUGUCGGAUUCGAGGCGGCGCGACAACUAAUGAAGAGAGGGGUACCUGUCAAGGGUGUCGUGCUCAUCGACUCUCCGUUCCCCGUGGACCACGUCCCUUCAUCAAAUGAGUUCAUGGCAGUGACUGCUGGUGCCUUUACGCGUGGUGGACGCACCCCGAUUGGACGGAUGAUGUGGAAGCAGCUGCAGCAAAACGCGCCGUUGUUGAAGACGUAUGAUCCUAGGAUUGCUGGCGGGCCAUACCCUCCCUUAGUGUUACUGCAUAAUAAGGAGGGGAUCCCACCUGACGCGUUCUUGCCGUACCCUGUUCCCCGAUGGAUGUCGGAGAAGGGGAUGGACCCAUGUCUUUUGGCUGACGACUGGUCAGGACUGGUGGGCGCGUCGAUUAAGGUGAUUCAUCUUCCUGGGACGCACUUUACGACUUUUGCUACGCCUCAUGUGAGU